CGUUGACUUCCACGAUUCGACAGUCCCUGCCCUGGCCUUUUCCUUCCACAGGGAGGAUGGACGAGAACACCACUUGCGCCUCAAACUCCUUUAUCCUGCUCUCCACUCCAUUGUCCCAUCAGUAAUGGAAGUGCGUCCCUCCUCCCAGGAACCAGGGAGCAUCACAUUUAGACGGUUCCACCUAUUGCAAAGGUCCUGUUAGAGUCUCCAAUGAUACAGGUUGCUCUGGGUUGUACGGAGGAGCAGUUAUUUUUGGACAGUUUUUAUUUUCAUUUAAAAUAUAUUUAAAUAUUGUGAAAAGCAGGAGCUGCGGGGGGGAAAGUGUCAUUUCAGCCUCUGUGACACUGGAAGGAGAUGGGGAGAUUCCCUCCUUCGCCAUCACUCCAGAACGGUUACCCCCUGUCUGAGCCAUGCAGAGUUUAUCUUCUUCAUAUUCUAUCCCUCCACUUCUCAAAGUGUCCUGUGAUGCGGUGUUCCCAGCUGUCUGCGCUUGGAGAUGAUGCUUUGACUUCUUUAAUCCUAAAUCGCUAUGGCUGGAGAGGAAAGUGUCAAAGACCUGGAAGAGGACUUCAAAUGGAUCCCAAAGACAGUGGGACAUUUGGGGUUUAAAUUCCAGUUUCCAUCUAUUGGCAACACCACUUGUGGGAAGGGGGCUGUUUCCUCCCCCCCCCCCCCCCCCAUUGUGAGGAUGCUGAAACUUUUGUAUAUAACGUCACUCAAAAACGAGACAGUGCUGAGUGAAGCAGGUUUGAAUGGAUCAAAGGAGAAUGUCAUGGGAGAAUCUUGUCCUGAUUCUGAGUUAUUAGGUGUAACCUGCUCUGGAUUUUCCCUUGACACUUUCGUUGUCAUGUAGUCUGUCUCUCUGGGACAUGGGUUUCUAUCUCUCCUGAAGAAUGUUUAGUCGCCCAAUGGGAUAUUAGUUUAGUUUGACAGGAUGUAGCUCAAAUUUACCGGAGACUUUGAGACAAAUGACCAUUUGCUAAAGUCAUUACUUCUCACUUUACUUUUGCUUUUUCCCCACCUCUCCAUGAUGAUGUGGAGAAAGUUGAAGUGCAGUUCUGUCAACAGGAGAGAACUCUCCCAUUGACUGGACAUGCUAACAAAGAAACAGCCGUGAUUUGAAAUCUCCACUCGGAAAUGGUGACCAGCAGCAGACUGAACAGAAGGAAGUGUAUCUGAUCACAGGGGAGUUCCAUUGUUUAAGUCAAUAUUGUCUCAGAUGAUCUGGGGAGAGAAUUCCACACUAAGUGACUUGGAACCAGGCAAAAUGCCCAUGUAUUCGGUACCCAGAGCAUUUGUAACCCAGGCUGUACAGAAGAUCUUUCCUAUGAUAUGGGAAAUGCUGCCCGUCACAAUACAGUGUGUGGAAGAAAUAGAAAUGGGGGGGUUUGUUGAAUUUAUCCUUUGUAGGAGCCACAAAUGUGUAUAAAAUGAAACAAGUGUUAAAAAUGGAGUCGCUGCAGAAAAAUAGCCAUUUUUGAAUAGAAAUGUCCCUUCUGGUAACUUACAGAGAUUCUCAUCCAGGCCUGGAUCUAGUUCCUAGUCUAGACGGUGCCACCUAAUUAAAGAAUAUUGGGGCAUGUUUGGGGAAGCCGUUCCUCACUAACAGUGUUGAUUUUUUUGCGUGGUUUGGUAAAGGAUUCUACUUCAGAGACAUGUAAAUGUGCCAUAACCCAGGCCAAUGAUUUAGAAAAAAGUGGGUUAGAAAUAGUACACCCCCAGUUCUUGGUUUUCACCCCAAUAAAGGAAACUAUGAUAAUCAACAGCCCAAGGAAAAUCGUUUGUAGAACACCACUCCCUAGUUCAGUGUCACGGGUUACAGUCCCAAAGGAUCCCAUGGUUAGAUGGAGCACAAUCAUCCUUCACUGUUUUUGGCUCCAAAGUUGAAUGAGGCAGAGAAAGAGAGAGAGUUCUUUAGAGGACAUUCCUUCCCCGUGGAUCCCAAACUGGCUGCCUGAGUGGGUAACGAGGACUUUCACGCAGUGGAAAUAACGGUAACCAGUGAGGGAAUGCAUGUGUCAGGCUCCGAUUUCAGACUGCAGGAUACACACAUGUUGGGUCCUGAUUCUCUGUUUUUGUCUCUUAGGGCUUGUCUACGCUUACAAUGCUGCAUCUGCAGUGCUGUAAGGAAGAAGCUCUGAGAGCUCUCACAUCCGCUCAGUUAAUCCACCUCCCCAAGAGGCGGGAGCUAUGUCAGCAAGAGGCGCUUUCCUGCCAACACGGUGCGGUCUAUAUGGGGCGUUAGGGUCACCAAUUGAUCUGACCAGAAGAGAAGUUCCUUAUCCCGGAAUCAGGCUACCUGUGUUAACCAGGGAGCAACCCUCCUCCCCGCCUCCCAGCAGCCGAGACGGGAGGAUGAGCAAGAACGAGGGGGGGACGCCUCAGCCGCGAAAAGCCGAGCCAGAAGAACCACAUGGGAGAUUGGCAGGAAGAUGUAAAGGGAAGGUUUCCCAGAAUCGUGAGCAGGGGAAAGCCUACGAGAGGCAGUCAGGGAAGAAAGAAGGGUUGCCGAUUUCCAAAGCGGAUGUGAUCUCCCAGCUGGGAAAAGGGGAAGAACCCUGGGUCCCGGAGCUCCAGGGCUCCAAGAAAAGACAGAGUCUGCGAGGCGUCCGCACGGGUGAAUUCAUUAAACCCACUCUCUGAGCUCAGGAUUGUCUCCUGCAGGUGUCGUAGCCUCGGGGCAGAUAUCGCUUAUGGCUUCCUCCCUAUCCUGUCCGAUGCCUGGCUGCAGCUCCCUCCCUGGUCUCCCUUCCCCCUGAGUGUUCGAGGGGGUGUGAGGGCAGAAUUGAUC